AUGACAGUCGAUGUGCUCGAUUCAGAGUCGUUCUGUUCUGCAUAUACCUUUGUUUUCGCUGGAGUAGUGAUUGUUGUUGUGCUUGGCCAAUACUGCAGAGCAAGAUUAUUUGCCAAACAUGCAUUCCCGCUACCUCCUGGACCUCCAAAAACUUGGUUCUGGGACAGUGCUAUUCCAUCAAACAAUGUGACUCCUACAAUGAUGCAAUGGAUACAAAAAUAUGGACCGGUCGUCUCUGUAUGUCAGGGAAAUCAAGUCUCAGUCAUCAUUGGAAGUGUAGAAACAGCCAACGAUAUUAUGGAGAAAGAAGGGAGUGCUCUCGUUGACCGCCCCCAGGCCAUAGCUGCUGGGGAAAUUUUUUCUCAAAGUAUGCGUCUUGUCCUUAUCCCUGUUGGGUCACGGUUCCGUCGGUUCCGCAAAGCAGCACAGGCACAGUUACAACCAAGAGCAAUAGAAGCGUACCGAGACAUAUUAUUAGAAGAUGCGAAACAGCUUGUAUGCGAUGUUUUGAAAGCACCAGAGAAACACCAGGAACAUGUGAAACGAUUUUCGAACUCGGUCAUCCUGCGUAUGACAUAUGGGAAGUCGAUGCCGACCGCGAACACGGAUCCUGAGGUAGUAGGGAUGAAGCUUGCGGCAGAACGUUUUGGAAUUGUUAUGCAACCCGGUGCUUUUUUGGUUGAUCGCAUCCCUAUCCUGCGGUACGUACCUUGGUAUGGACUCCAGUUGAAGGCCUGGUCUCGUGAAGAGCAUGAGCUGGUACUAGGGCAGAUGGAGCGGGUACAAAAUGAGAUAGCAAGUGGUAUCGCUGGGCCGUCUUUCAUGCGUACACUUCUUGAGCAACAUGGGCAUCAGCUAUCGAAAACUGAGAUGUGUUCUCUGGCGGGGACGAUUUUUGGUGCCGCUGUUGACAAUAUUUCUGCGGCCAUCAACACUGCUGUCCUGGCUGCGGCUUGUCAUCCCGAGGCGCAAGCGCGCGUACAAGAACAGCUAGAUGCAGUCGUGGGUAGAGAACGAGCUCCAUCUUUCGAAGAUGUCCAAUGUCUUACUGAGUUGCGCGCGUUUAUGCAUGAAUCAUUACGCUGGAGGCCUACCGUCCCGCUCGGUAGAACAUCUUCCUUUCGUUGUCAGCGACUUUUGACUGUUGGCACAGGUUUUGCCCAUCGUGCCACCAAGGAUAUAGUAUGGAAAGGGUUAUGGGUCCCUGCUGGAGCAACAGUCUACGGCUGUCACUGGGCUAUUUCUCGUGAUGCAACUGCUUUUCCUGACCCCGAAAACUUUGAUCCCCAGAGAUGGAUUGAACCAUGUGGGCGCAUUCGUCAGGAUCUCAAGUCCUUCUCAUUCGGCUUUGGCAGGCGGGUUUGCCCAGGACAGUAUCUAGCAAGUGAUUCUAUGUUGAUCACUCUUGCAUAUUUGUUCUGGGCUUUUCGAAUCUUAGAAGUCAAGGAUGCGCCCAUAGAUAGGUGGGCAUUCGAAGACGCUGUUAUUAGAAGCCCACGGCCAUUUUCGGCCCUGUUUUCCCCUAGAUUGGAUGUGAGGCAUUUGGAAGAAGCCGUGGGGCAAUCCUAGAUAUAUAUAAAUGACCUUUUGAUACUAUGUAUUGUCGGAAGCCCGUCCACUAUAAUGGUCAGUGGUUACUCUUACGCAUCGCACGCCUAGCUUGGUUCUACUGGUGUUCACAAAUAGCCUGACUUGAUUAACUUAGAGCGCGAAAACGUGUUGUCUGCGAUUAUCUUUAUCAACUAGGUAGGAAGGUCUAUUUAGUAUGAUCAUACUUUUUACCUCAGGACAAUUUAUGUGCGUGUCACAGUCA